GGAAAAAGAAAAAAGAAAAAAAACCAAGAGAAUUUCUCAUGUCUGACUAUGUUUUCUUUUUCAUUCUUUCGCUGUCCUGUCUGACGAAGCAAGCAAGCAAAGAAAUAUUAUCAUCAUUAUCAUUGUUCUGAGAGUAUAUAUUCUCUGCAGUUGCUCGAGGCCCGGUUGUACCUCGAAAUGAAUACAAAUUCAGAGGAACAAUUGGCAGAGAGUGCAAAGAUGGCCUGUGACGAUAGAAAUACAAUGUCCAGAAAUGUAAGAGUAGGACAUGAAUCCGUUUCUGUGGGACUGCCGACAGAGAAGCAAGACAGCUUGAGUGACCUAAAGCCGAAAGAGGACGGCCCGAGCCAAAACUUGGCCUUGUUGAAGAGUACCAGCCGGAAGGCUGGUAAAUACUUGAAAUCCAAGGUUCUGUUCAGAGUGUUCUCUGAGGACUAUGAAAAGGUGAAGAAUAAGAUUUUCGAUCCGAGAGGUCAAACCAUUCAAAGCUGGAACAGAAUCUUUUUGACGGCUUGCCUGAUCUGUCUAUUCGUGGACCCUCUUUUCUUUUACGUGCCAUCGGUCGAUGACGAUUAUCUGUGCCUUUAUGAUGGAUCUGGCCUCGAGAUCCUCGUGACAGUCAUAAGAUCGAUGGCAGAUAUCUUUUACAUUAUUCAAGUCAUUGUUCAGUUUAACACGGCUUUCGUUGCACCCUCUUCCCGGGUGUUUGGAAGAGGAGAGCUUGUGAUAGAUUAUAGAAAGAUUGCGUUAAGAUACUUGCGGAGCCGCUUCUGGAUUGAUCUCUAUGUGGCACUCCCUCUUCCUCAGAUAUUAAUCUGGGCAAUAAUUCCUGCCCUUGCUGGUUCGGCCACGACAAAAAUGAAGAACCUGUUCCUAUUACUCAUCUUCUUUCAGUACAUACCAAGAAUUUUUCUUAUACUUCCACUCCGGUCGCAAAUUAGUAAUGCCGGUGGUGGAUUAGCAAAGAAAGCAUGGGAAGGGGUUGCAUUCAACCUGAUGCUCUACCUGUUGGCCAGUCAUGUUACAGGAGCUUGCUGGUAUCUUCUGGCAAUUGGGCGACAAGAGUCUUGCUGGAGGAUGGCCUGUGAUCAAGAAAGUCCAUCAUGCCAGUACAGUUUCUUUGAGUGUCGCUAUGCACAAGACCCUGGUAGGGUCACCUGGUAUGGGUCGACCAAUGUCACAACUCUGUGUAACGGAACUGAUACUAGUAGCCCCAUUCAAUUUGGCAUAUAUUUUAAUGCUCUGACUAGUUCUGUUGCAAGCUGCAAAUUCUUCAGCAAGUACUUUUACAGUUUCUGGUGGGGUCUGAACAACUUGAGCUGCAUGGGGCAGAACCUUGAAUUUACAUCAAGCACUUAUGUUGCAGAAUUACUUUUUACACUUGCCGUUGCGAUUCUUGGACUCAUUUUAUUUACCCUGGUCAUCGGAAAUAUGCAACAAUACCUUCAAACUACGAACAACCAGUUAGAGCAAUGGAGGCUCAAGAGGACAGAUACAGAGCAAUGGAUGCACCAUAGACAUCUACCUCCAGAGCUGAAGGAGUCUAUUCGGAUGUAUGACCAAUACAAGUGGGUGGCAACUCGAGGUGUUGACGAAGAAUCCCUUCUCAAGGACUUCCCAAUGGACUUGCGCAGAAAUAUCAAGCGCCAUCUUUGCUUUGAUCUAGUUCGACGCGUGCCACUUUUCAAUCAAAUGGACGAGAGGACGCUAGACGCGAUAUGUGAGAGGCUGAAGCCUGUUAUGUGCACAGGAAAUAUGUACUUGGUACGCGAAGGUGAUCCGGUCCGAGAAAUGUUCUUCCUAUUCCGAGGGCACCUUGACUCCUGGACAACCGACGGUGGACGCGUGGGAUUCUACAACUCAAGUCGUCUAAUCCCUGGUGACUUCUGCGGCGAAGAACUGCUAACAUGGGCCCUUGAUCCACGCCCAAGCAUCGUCCUCCCCUCUUCCACCCGCACGGUGAAAGCCGUGAAAGAAGUGGAAGCGUAUUCUCUUGCUGCUGAGGACCUAAUGUUCGUCGCGUUGCAAUUCAGAAGACUACACAGCAAAGAACUGAGGCACAAGUUUAGGUUCUACUCUCACCAGUGGCGUACAUGGGCUGCGUGUUUGAUUCAAUCCGCAUGGCGCCGUUAUAAAAUGUUCAAGGAGGAGGCUAAGCUAAGAGAGAGAGAAAAUGGUGUAAACGGUAAGUUGAGACCUUUAAGGUCGUUUUGGGACAUGUACGCGACAGAGCUGAUAGAGAGCACCAGAAGGGAUGAGAAAAAACAAGCAGGGUCAACUUCUGAUGCUGUGAUCACAAUACAGAAACCAGUGGACCUGGAUUUUGCUGAGGAAUAUUAGGACUUGGUGACGGCAAUGUCACAAAGCAUCGAGGCCUUGCCCUUUUAUGUAAAUUAUACAGCUUCACCAUAGAUCCAAGUAAUGUAAUCUACUUCAGUAGCAAAAGGUACGGGUAUUGAUGUACAAUAUUAUGAACAGAUAGUUGCUAUAAAGAACAUUACCGAACAAGUGAUGCGGAAGUUAUAACAGUUUCAAAGUGAAAAACAAUGACAUAUGCAGAGGAUGAGGAUUGAAGACGUA